UUCAAAAACCCCGCAGUCAUUCGAUCACAUCAGAAUCCAAUCUGAGCUUUGAGCUGUUGUUUGAGUGACAGGGAACAUCAUCAUCCAGAAAAAUGGUUGAAAAAUUCAUGGGAACAUGGAAGAUGACCACCAGCGACAACUUUGACGAGUACAUGAAGGCUAUAGGUGUCGGAUUCGCUACUCGUCAGGUCGGGAACCGGACCAAACCCAACCUGGUGUUGUGUGUGGAUGAUCAGGGGCUCAUAUGCAUGAAGUCGCAGAGCACCUUCAAAACUACUGAGAUCAAAUUUAAACUGAACGAGUCAUUCGAGGAGACCACCGCAGAUGAUAGAAAGACUAUGACUGUCGUGACUCUUGAGAACGGCAAACUUUUGCAGAAACAGACCUGGGAUGGCAAGGAGACGACGAUAGAGAGGGAGAUUACGGAUGGGAAAUUAAUAACUAAAUGCACUAUGGGUGAUGUGGUGGCUGUAAGGACAUAUGUGAAGGAGGCAUGAAGUCAUCCAAUCUGGAUUUGAAGAUUCCAGGCUCAGUUCAAUGAGCAAAAAGCCAAAGUGAAACCUUAUUUCUCUACUGAAAAUCUCAUGUUAUUUUUGACACCAAAGCAAAUGCGUGCCGACCCUUUUAAAAUGCAUUUAUUAUCAGUCUUUAUGGUGCUUUGAAUAAAGUUGUUUUUAUUUGACUUCA